AUGGCGGCGCGCGCGCGGGGGCCGCUGCUCGCGCUCUCGGUGCUGCUGGCGCUGGGCCCCGCGGCCGCGGCGGCCAAGCUCAACAUCCCCAAGGUGCUGCUGCCCUUCACGCGGGCCACGCGCGUCAACUUCACGCUGGAGGCCUCGGAGGGCUGCUACCGCUGGUCGUCGACCCGGCCGGAGGUGGCCAGCAUCGAGCCGUUGGGCCCGGACGAGCGGCAGUGCUCCCAGAAGGCCGUGGUCCAGGCCCGGCUGUCCCAGCCCGCCCGCCUCACCAGCAUCAUCUUUGCAGAGGACAUCACCUCCGGCCAGGUGCUGCGCUGUGACGCCAUCGUCGACCUCAUCCACGGCAUCCAGAUCGUGUCCACCACGCGCGAGCUGUACCUGGAGGACUCGCCCCUGGAGCUGAAGAUCCAGGCGCUGGACUCGGAAGGGAACACAUUCAGCACGCUGGCCGGGCUGGUGUUUGACUGGACGAUCGUGAAGGACACGGAGGGGAGCAGCCGGUUCUCCGACUCCCACAACGCACUGCGAAUCCUCCCCUUCCUGGAGUCGACGUACACGCCUCCUUCCUACAUAUCCGAGAUGGAGAAGGUGGCCAAGCAGGGGGACACCAUCCUGGUGUCCGGGAUGAAGACCGGGAGCUCCAAGCUCAAGGCCCGCAUCCAGGAGGCCGUGUACAAGAACGUCCACCCCGCGGAGGUCAGGCUGCUGAUCUUGGAGAACAUCCUCCUGAACCCGGCUUCUGACGUUUACCUGCUGGUAGGCACGUCCAUCCGCUACAAGGUGCAGAAGAUCAGGCAGGGACGGAUCACAGAACUCUCCAUGCCUUCGGAUCAGUAUGAGCUGCAGCUGCAGAACAGCAUCCCGGGCCCCGAGGGAGACCCGGGCCGGCCCGUGGCUGUCCUGGCUCAGGACACGUCGACAGUCACCGCCCUGCAGCUGGGACAGAGCAGCCUGGUCCUCGGCCACAGGAGUAUCCGCAUGCAGGGUGCUUCCAGGCUACCCAACGGCACCGUCUACGUGGUGGAACCCGGGUACCUGGGGUUCACGGUCCACCCUGGAGACAGGUGGGUGCUGGAGACUGGCCGCCUCUAUGAAAUCACCAUCGACGUGCUGGACAAGUCUGGCAACAAGGUCUACCUGUCAGAUAACAUCCGCGUUGAGACCACGCUGCCCCCUGAGUUCUUCGAGGUCCUCUCGUCUUCCCAGAACGGGUCGUUCCAUCACGUCAGGGCGAUAAAGAGAGGCCAGACGGCUAUUGAGGCGACGCUCACCUCCGUGGUGGACCAGGAUGGCGGGGUGCACGUGUUGCGAGCGCCGGUGUGGAACCAGCAGGAGGUGGAGAUUCACGCCCCCAUCACCCUCUCUCCCAGCAUCUUGACGUUUCCGUGGCAACCGAAGACAGGCACCUACCAGUACACCAUCCAGGCCCACGGCGGGAGUGGAAACUUCAGCUGGUCUUCGUCAGCCUACGCAGUUGCCACCGUCACCGUCAAGGGCGUGAUGACCACGGGCAGUGACACAGGACUCAGCGUCAUCCAGGCCCAUGAUGUCCAGAACCCACUGCACUUCGGGGACAUGAAGGUGUACGUGAUCGAACCCCGAGGCAUGGAGUUCGCCCCGUGCCAGGUGGAGGCGCGAGUGGGCCAGACCCUGGAGCUGCCCCUGAGGAUCAACGGCCUGAUGCCCGGCGGGGCCAGUGAGGUGGUCACCCUGAGCGACUGCUCCCACUUCGACUUGGCGGUCGAGGUGGAGAACCAGGGUGUGUUCCAGCCGCUUCCAGGGAGGCUGCAGCCGGGGCCUGAGCACUGCAGCGGAGUCCGGGUGCGAGCCGAGGCCCAGGGCUACACGGCGCUGCUGGUGAGCUACAAGCACAACCACAUCCACCUGAGCGCCCGCAUCACCAUCGCCGCCUACCUGCCCCUCACGGCCGUGGACCCCUCCUCUGUCGCCUUGGUGACCCUCGGCUCCUCACAAGAGAUGCUGUUCGAAGGAGGUCCCCGGCCCUGGGUCCUCGAGCCAUCCAAGUUCUUCCGAAACGUCACCUCCGAGGACGCGGACAGCAUCAGCCUGGCCCUCUUGGGGCUCCCUGCCCCCCGCAAUUACCAGCAGCACUGGAUCCUCGUGACCUGCCGGGCCCUCGGUGAACAGGUCAUUGCCCUGUCGGUGGGGAACAAGCCGAGCGUCACCAACCCCUUCCCUGCGCUGGAGCCGGCCAUCGUGAAGUUGGUGUGUGCCCCGCCCUCCCGGAUCACCCUGACGCCCGUCUACGCCAGCCCCCAGCUGGGCCUGUCCUGCCCGCUGCUGCAGCAGAACAAGCAGGUGGUUCCGGUCUCCAGCCACCGCAACCCCCUCCUGGACGUGGCCGCCUAUGACCAGCAGGGCCGCAGGUUCAACAACUUCAGCUCCCUGAGCGUCCGGUGGGAGUCGACGAGGCCGGAGCUGGCCAGCAUCGAGCCUGCCCUGCCCCUGCAGCUGGUGUCCCGGGACGACGGGAGCGGCCAGAGGAAGCUGCACGGUCUGCAGGCCGUCUCCGUGCACAGGGCGUCGGGCACCGCAGCCAUUUCCGCCACCGCGACCGGCUACCAGCUGUCCCACCUCCGUGCCGCCAGCGUGACGCAGCCGCACCCGCCUCUCGUGCCCGUGUCGGCCUCCAUCGAACUCAUCCUGGUAGAGGACGUGAGGGUGAGCCCGGAAGAGGUGACCAUCUACAACCACCCCGGAGUCCAGGCUGAGCUGCACAUCAGAGAAGGUUCUGGCUACUUCUUCCUCAACAGCAGCAGCACCGAGGUCGUCGCGGUGGCCUACCAGGAGGCCAGGGGCAGUGCCGUGGUGCACCCCUUGCUCCCCGGCACGUCGACCAUCAUGAUCCACGACCUGUGCCUCGCCUUCCCGGCCCCGGCGAGGGCCGACGUGCACGUGUCGGACAUUCAGGAGCUGUACGUCCGGGUGGUGGACAAGGUGGAGAUCGGGAAGACGGUCAAGGCGUAUGUCCGCGUGCUGGACUCGUACAAGAAGCCUUUCCUGGCCAAAUACUUCGGCUUCAUGAACCUGAAGCUGCAAGCCGCCUCCCCGAUCGUCACCCUGACCCCCCUGGACGAGGCCCCCGACAACGACACCGCCACCUUCCUCGUCCACGGGGUGGCCAUCGGCCAGACCAGUCUCACUGCCGUGGUGACCGAUAAGGCUGGACAGAGGAUCAACUCGGCCCCACAGCAGAUCGAGGUCUUUCCCCCGUUCAGGCUGAUACCCAGGAGGAUGACGCUGAUUAUCGGGGCCGUGAUGCAGAUCACGUCCGAGGGAGGCCCCCAGCCCCAGUCCCACAUCCUGUUCUCCACCAGCAACGAGAGCCUGGCGGCGGUGAACGGCGCGGGGCUGGUCCGGGGGCUCGCCGUGGGCAACUGCACCGUGUCGGGCGUCGUCCGGGCCGUGGACGCCGAGACCGGCAAGCUCGUCGUCGUGUCUCAGGACCUGGUGGAGGUGGAGGUGCUGCUGCUGCAGGCGGUGAGGAUCCGAGCCCCCAUCACGCGCAUGAGGACCGGGACCCAGAUGCCCGUCUACAUCACCGGGAUCACCAACAGCCAGAACCCCUUCUCCUUCGGCAACGCUGUGCCCGGCCUCACCUUCCACUGGUCGGUCACCAAGCGCGACAUCCUGGACGUCCGGGGGCGGCACCACGAGGCGUCGUUCCGGCUGCCGUCGCAGCACAACUUUGCGAUGACCGUGCACGGCCGGGCGAGGGGCCGCACCGGGCUGAGGGUGGUGGUCCAGGCUCUGGACCCCGCGGCCGGGCAGCUGCAGGGCUUCUCCAGAGAGCUGUCCGAUGAGAUCCAGAUCCAGGUGUUUGAGAAGCUGCUGCUGCUGAGCCCUGAGGUGGAAGCAGAGCAGAUCCUGAUGUCGCCCAACUCGGUCCUCAAGCUUCAGACGAACCGGGAUGGCACAGCCUCGCUGAGCUACCGCAUCCUGAGCGGGCCCGAGAAGGGCCCCGUCGUGCACGUCAACGAGAAGGGCUUCCUGGCUUCGGGGCCCACCGUCGGCACCUCCACCGUCGAAGUGACGGCUCAGGAGCCGUUCGGAGCCAACCAGACCAUCAUUGUGGCGGUAAAGGUGGCGCCCGUGUCUUACCUCAGGAUCUCCAUGAGCCCGGCCCUGCGCACGCAGAACAACGAGGCCCUGGUGGCCCUGCCUCUGGGGAUGACGGUGACCUUCACUGCCCACUUCCAUGACAGCUCCGGGGACGUCUUCCACGCCCACAGUUCGAUCCUCAGCUUCGCAGCUAACAGGGACGAGUUCGUGCAGAUCGGGAAGGGCCCCACCAACAACACCUGCGUCGUGCGCACGGUCAGCGUGGGCCUGACGCUGCUCAGCGUGCGGGACUCGGAGCACGGGGGCCUCUCCGACUUCGUCCCGCUGCCCGUCCUGCACGCCAUCUCCCCGGAGCUGUCUGGAGCGGUGGUGGUGGGGGACGUCCUCUGUCUGGCCACCGUUCUGGUCAGCAUGGAAGGUCUCCCCGGGACCUGGAGCUCCUCGGCCCACAGCAUCCUCCACGUGGAUCCCAAGUCGGGAGUGGCGGUGGCCCGGGACGCGGGGUCUGUGACGGUCUACUACGAGGUUGCUGGGCACCUGAGGACCUACAGAGAGAUAGUGGUGGUCGUCCCCCAGAGGAUCACGGCCCGCCCCAUCCGGCCCGUCCAGACCAGCGUCCAGGAGGCCACAGCCUCCAGCGUGAUGGUCACCGUGGGGGAAAGGAGCUCGAACCUGAGAGGGGAGUGCUCCCUGGCCCAGCUGGAGGUCGUCAAGAGCCUGCAGCCUGAAGCCCUCCUCAGCUGUGAGGUCCAGUUCAAGCAGGACGUGUUUGACUUCCCGGCCUGUGACAUCUUCGCCGCCGAGCCCGCGUUCGACGCCGCCCUGGGCCGGUACCUGUGCUCGGUCACCACGCGCAGACUGACGGACAAGCAGCUGAAGCAGCUGAGCGUGCAGAGGACGGUGCUGCUGGUCACCGCCGCCCUGCCGGGCAGCCACUUCUCCGGAGAGCAGGUCGCGGCCGAGGUGCCCUUCAGCCCGGGGCUGUACGCCGACCAGGCCGAGAUCCUGCUGAGCAACCACUACCCCAGCUCCGAGGUGAAGGUGUUCGGUGCCGUGGACGUGCUGGAGCACCUGGAGGUGAAAUCGGGGUCCCCCACCGUGCUGGCCUUCGAGAAGGAGAAGUCUCUGGGGCUGCCCAGCUUUAUCGCGUACACGGUUGGCAUCUCGGACCCGGCGGCCGGCAGCCAGGGGCCUCUGUCCACCACUCUGACCUUCUCCAGCCCCACGACCAGCCAAGCCGUCACCAUCCCCGUCACCGUGGCCUUCGUGUUGGAUCGCCGAGGGACCGGUUCCUACGCAGCCGGGCUGUCCCAGCACUUCCUGGACUCCUACCAGGUCAUGUUCUUCACGCUGUUCGCCCUGCUGGCUGGGACCGCGGUCAUGAUCAUAGCCUACCACACGGUCUGCGCCCCCCGCGAGUUCGCCGCACCACCGGCCCUGUCCCUCCGAGCCAGCCCUCGGCACAGCCCCCACUAUUUCGCUGCCUCCUCUCCGGUGCCUUCCAAUGCACUGCCUGCGGGCCGCAGAGCCAGCCCCCCCUCGGGGCUGUGGAGCCCCCCCUACACCUCCCACUAGCCACGCCUGC